UACCGGAAAUGCCCGUGUUGUGGCGGAAGAAGCUGCUUUCUGGGAGCAGCCGACGCUGAGAAAGCGUGGCCGGCAGAGAUGAUUCAGGCGAUUCUGGUUUUCAACAAUCAUGGGAAGCCGCGGCUGGUCCGCUUCUACCAGCGUUUCCCAGAAGAAAUUCAACAGCAGAUUGUUCGGGAGACUUUCCAUCUAGUCCUCAAGCGGGAUGACAACAUUUGUAAUUUCUUAGAGGGUGGAAGUUUGAUUGGUGGUUCUGACUACAAACUGAUUUACCGACACUAUGCUACCCUCUACUUUGUAUUUUGUGUGGAUUCAUCAGAGAGUGAACUUGGGAUCUUGGACCUCAUCCAGGUUUUUGUGGAGACUCUGGACAAAUGUUUUGAAAACGUGUGUGAACUGGAUUUAAUCUUCCAUAUGGAUAAGGUACACUACAUCCUCCAGGAGGUGGUGAUGGGCGGGAUGGUGUUAGAAACAAAUAUGAAUGAAAUCGUGGCACAGAUUGAAUCUCAAAACAGGCUGGAGAAGUCGGAGGGUGGCCUUUCAGCAGCCCCUGCACGGGCUGUAUCUGCCGUGAAAAAUAUCAACCUUCCUGAGAUUCCUCGGAACAUCAACAUUGGUGAUCUCAAUAUCAAAGUCCCCAACCUGUCCCAGUUUGUCUGAAGGUUCAGAGUUGGUCUGAAUUGGUGUCCUUAAAACAAGCAAACCCAAGCAAGCCUGGAAACAGCCCAUUCUGAGCCUUAGAAGAUUCAAGCACUGAGCCCUGCACCUUCCUGUCUGGGAAAGAUGUGUGGCAUGGAGGGGGUUCAUGUGGAUACUGCCUGGGCGGGCUUGGUUCUCACAUGCACAGCCAGGCCCUGCACCUUUACCUCUCACACACACCCACUUCCAGGGAUUCAGGCCUGCAUGGAGCAGGCCCCCUUGCAUCCCAAAACCCCUACGAGGGCUGAGCACGUUCUCUGACUCGAGUCUCCAUCCUGCCUGAGCACCACAAGCUUCUGAGCUCCUAGAGCAUUUACUUGGUGGUGAGGUGCCCUUGUUAGAAAAGGGCCGGUCCUUGGGGAGUAGCAAGUAAGGGUAGGUUUCAUUAGAACCAGAGUCACCUGCUGGCUCUACUAAAAUCAUUAUACCCUUUGUUUACCACCACCUGCAGAAUGUGUUCCCCUGUCAUCACAGUUCUGUCCCCCCAGGUAUUUAUUUGCAGGAUGCAAUUCUGUCAUAGACCUAGUUGUGCCUACCACAGUUCAACUGACAGGAGAGCACCCCACACACACACACGUGCAGGCUUGCUAGAGAAGUCCGCCAUGUAGAGAGAGGCCCUGGGUCUGUGGAAGGUUAAAGCUGACAACAUGGAAUAUCCCAGAAUAACGACCCUUCCCAAGUUUAAAAUACAUUCUCCUCAUGGGAGCAGAAGGUUCAGUUGCUGUAUUAUGAAUUACUAGUCGCCUGCAAAGGAGACCCAUGGCCACCUCACCCAGUUCCUGGGGGGAGCAGGAGAGCGUGAGCUGGGGUCACCCCUGUGGGGGCAGUGCCACCUCUUUCCUCCUGAACUUGGGCCCGUGUUCCCUCAGGUGAUGUUCUCCCAGAGCUCUGGAGACCCAUAAAUGUUUACAUGUGAUGA